AGUACCUUUGUAAAAACAAAAUUACUAGGGUACUAUUUUUACAUUUGACAUUCUGGUCAAACAUUUUCUCAACAGAGAAUUACUACUGCAGGAAUACUAAAAAUUCGCCACUCACUAUUGGCUAUUAAACACACACCCUCAGAAUGACACCAUCCAAUGACAGUUCAUAAAUAAACAGAAGUUUUCUAAACUUGUAUUUAAAGAUGUUAAGUAAGAAAACUUUUGACUUUAAAAUUUAAGUCAUUUUUUGAGGACACUGCAGCUCACACCUGUAAUCCUAGCACUUGGGAGGCCCAGGCCCAAAUUUUCCAGACCUGCCUGAACCAGAGUGAGACCUCAUCACUAAAAAUAGCUGGGUGUUGUAGUGGGUGCCUAUAGUCCCAGCCAUGUGAAAGGCAGAAGCAAGAGAAUCCCUUGAGCCCAAGAGUUAGGGGUUGCUGUGAGCCGUGAGUACUCCACGAAGGGCACCAAAAAAAAGAAAAAAAAAAAAUUAAAUCAUUUUUGAACAAGAACACUUUAAUUUCUAUCCCUGGAUCGAAAAUCCCAGUUUUAUCUAGGGAUUUAAAAAUAGCGAAUCUGCCAGGUACGGUAGCUCACACCUGUAAUCCUCAUACUCUGGGAGGCCAAGGUGGGUGGAUUGCCUGAGUUCAAUGGUUCAAGACCAGCCCAAGCAAGAGUGGGUCUUCGCAUCUAAAAAUAGUCGGGCAGCCGGGUGUUGUAGCAGGCGCCUGUAGUCCCAGCUACUUGAGAGGCUGAGGCAAGAGAAUCACUUGAGCCCACAAGUUUGAGGUUGCUGUGAGCUUUGACACCACAGCAUUCUACCAAGGGUGACAAAAUGAAACUGUCUCAAAAAAACAAACGAAAAGAAUGACUCAAAAGCUUUAUAGCAUUUUGAUUCUACUCUGCCUUAUAGGACCCCUUUAAAAACAAACAAAAGAAAAACUAUUCUUUUUGUACCAAGAGGUAAGUACCUUGAAAAAACUAGGUCAUAAUGAUCUGUGUUCCUCUGCAGUGACGGGGUGAGCAGCACAUUGCUUAAUACUGUUAUCUACUACAAUGUGCACUUUAUAUUUACUUAACUUCACAAUAAACUUAUAAAUUAGGAAUUAUGAUGUGUUUUUCAGGAGAAGAACAAGGCUCUGACUCGCUCAAAUAAAUUCAUAUUCAGAUGGACUCAUACCUUUUUUUUUUUUGAGACAUAGUCUCUGUUGUGCCUACUGAAGUGCAGUGGUGCUGUAACAACUCACCGAAACCUCAAACUCCUGGGCUCAGGUGAUCCCUUUACCUCUACCUCCCAUGAUCCUCCUGCCUUAGCCUUCUAAGUAGCUGGGGCUAUAGGCACAUACCACCACACCUGGCUAAUUUUUUCUAUUUUUCGUAGAGCCUGGAGUCUCACUCUUGCUUAGGUUGGUCUUGAACUCCUGAGCUCAAGUAAUCCCUUCCACCUUGGCCUCCCAGAGUGGUUAUUAUAGGCAUGAUCCACUGUACCUGGCCUGGACUUAUACUCUUUUCAAUACACUUUGAUUGGUUAAUUUUUAUUUUAAAAAUAAUCCCCAAUUUAUUUUAUUUUCCACUGAGAAGAACCUACUUUGUGGAUAAUCAAAUAAAUAGUUGUGAGCUUGAACUAAAAAAUCAUUUAGUAAAGUAUUUGGUCAAAAUAAUUUAAUUGUAAUUUUACCUGAGCUUUGCCUAUGUUAUGUAUGAGAGAAUAGUAUUUACUGGUUGCCUACUCUGUAAGAGACAUUUAUACAUGUUAUAUUAUUGUUAAUUCUCACAAUAACCCGAUAAGGGAAAUAUUCCUUCAGAGGAGGAAAUAAUGACUCAGAAGUGGAGCAACCUGCCUAAGGUCAUACAAACAAGCAAACAGAACACAUCACUCACGUCUUAUAAAGAAAUCUCACUAUGGGUGCAGCUUUUCGUUAGAACAUGAUUUCCUCUUCAGGGCUCCAUUCUAAAUAGUUUAAUUAUAUGAUCACAUUAUGAGAGUCUCAAAUGUGUAUUUACAAACAUUGACUACGAACACUCAAAUCAUAUAGUUCCACUGCAUUUCAAAGUCUAAGUUCUGUUAGAGCAGUACAUUUCUCCGUCAUUUUGCGGCUUAUUGCACUUCCGGAACCAGAUAUUGAUAAACUUCCUCUUUUACAGAAAGUAUUUCAGUUUGCAAGAGGAUCAUUUUUAAUCUGACUUGAAUCAUCCCUUGUACUUUGUUAGCCAAAUCACCAAAAUGUCCAGUUAGAACAAGAAUUUAGCAUUCUGCAAAAGAAGUUAGCAGCUGAGGAGGAGGAACAUUCUGAAAUGGAUCCCAAGUAUUUCAUCUUAAUGUUGUUUUGUGGACACCUGGAAAACACCUUUUCCUCAAAGACAGAGGAAACUACAACCAAGAUGCAGCCACAGCCUGCCUCAUUUAGAUCAUCAAUGUCACAUACCUUAGAUGAUUCUCACAACCCAACAGGGAAACCUUUCAGUCAACCAACACAAUUCAACAACAUUUCUUCUGGGCAGCUAACAUCAUCUGCCAAAGUUGCUCCUGGACAACCAAUGCCAGCUGUCCAUGCCACUUCUGGGAAACCAGCCACAAACAUUUCUGCUGGACAACCAUUUGCUUCUUUCACCACCAAACUACCAAUACCAAUGAUCAACACCUCUUCCCAACAAACUGCAUUACCUGUGGUCACUUCUGCCAGGCAAAUGCCACCAUCUAUCCAUACUUCUACCAGAAAACUAUCAGUAUCUGUCUAUACUUCCACGCAACAACCAUCAUUAUCUGUCCACACUCCUAGAGAAAGAGAACCAACAUCAACUGUCAAAAAUUCACUUAGGAAAACACCGGGAUUCAUCUUUGAAACUACCACUAGCAAAAAUAUUCCACAUUCUAAUUCAGUAGCUGCCAUAUUAAUUGGUGUAAUUCUGAUCUCUAUGUUGGUAGCUAUAAUUAUGAUUGCACUAUGGAAAUGCCUGAGAAAACCAGUUUUAAGCGAUCAGAAUUGGGCAGGCAGGUCUCCAUUUGCUGAUGGAGAAACCCCUGACGUAUGUAUGGAUAACUUUAGAGAAAAUGAAGAAUCCACAAAACGUACAUCAAUUGUUUCACUUAUGACCUGGAAACCAAGGAAAAGCACACUGUUAGCAGAUGACUUAGACAUUAAGUUGUUUGAAUCAAGUGAAAACAUUGAAGAUUCCAACAACUGCAAAACACAAGAAGUUAAAGAUCAAGUACAUGGUACAUCAGAGGAUAGUGCAGACAGAUCAACAAUUGGCACAGCCGUUUCUUCUUCAGAAGAUGCAGAUCUGCCCCAACCACCUCCCCUUCUUGAUUUGGAAGAACAGGAGAGUAACCAAUCUGAAAAACCCACACUGAUAAUAGAAUUUCCUCUUCCAAAUGAUUCUACUAGUCUCCCUCCAUCUCUGGAUUGUCUCGAUCAAGCCUGUGAAGAUCAUAAAACUGAGAUCAAACAGUCAUUUCCACCUCCUGCUGACUCACUUAACUUGCCCCUGCCACCAGCAGAUCUUAUGAACAAUCAAGAAGAAUUCAACACUGAGAUCCAGAGUGAGGAGUUCUCUAUUCCUCCUGCCUCUGAUCAAGAUCUUAAUGAAUCCUUGCCUCCUCCACCCGUAGAACUGUUGUAAAUAUAUUACAAAGCGCUUUAAAGCUGAUCUUUCAUUCUUUAAUGACUCUCUUGUUUUUCUUCACAUAAUGAGAUAAAUAAAAUGGCAAUAGGUAGCCAAUUUUGAUUUUUACUCAGGAACUAUCUGAAAUCUGCUCAAAGCCCAUGUGCAUAAGUGGAACUUUUAAAAAAAACAGUUAUUUAAUGGUGAUCUAUUUACUAGUUAUAGUACCUGUCUUUAAAAUAGAGUGCAUUUUACAUAUGUGGAUAACAUAACCAUUCUGAAAAAAGCAAUCUACAUAUACUUUUUAUUAAUCAAUAGAUACUUUUUCCUAAAAAGCUGUAUAUAAACUUAUUUUGAAGAAAUAAACUUAUUUUUCCAUUUCAGAAUUUGGGGUGGAGAGAAAUAUGAAGUUAAAUAUGUAUAUACUCCAAGUUUUAAACUAAAUCAAGUAUUAAAUAUUCCAAGUCUGUGGGGGUGAGAGAUUAAAAAGAAUGUUUGAAACCAGAGAA